UUAUGAGAGAGGCUCAAAGGGAUAAUUUUGGUCUUUGGGGUUCAAACAAACUAUAUAUGUAAAAAAAGAUACAAGACUUUAUAUUCUAUAUAUAUAUACAUAUGUGUAUAUAUGUGUACUUUGUAAUGAAGAAGGCACUAACCUUCCAUCAUAUCUAUCUGCAAUGGAAUUUGUCUUGUAGUGCUUGAAUUGGGUGAAAACAAUGGAGCCUUGGGUUGCCAUGUGGGUAAGGUGAAGGUUUGUGGAUUAAACCCCCUAACCAAAAAAAAAAAACUCAGGAGAGAGAGAGAGAGAGAGAGAGAGAGAGUGAUGAUGGAGUCUUCGGGGGUUGUAGAUGAAGAAUACAGUAGUGGUGAAUCUGGAUGGACUAUGUACCUUGAAGAUGCUUUCAAUGGAAAUGAUCAGUCUGAUGUUGUUGAUGAUGAUGAUGAUGGUGGUGAUGAUGAUGAUGACUCCAUGGCUUCUGAUGCAUCUUCAGGGCCAAGCAAUCAACUUCCAAGGAAUAACACCAAGCAUGCAGCUGCAAAGAACAGUUCCAAAACCGAAAAGGGAAAGAAGAAACUAUCAUCAUCAUCAUCAUCACCAUCAUCAUCAUCCACAGAUAAAAAGGAGAAAUCACUGGUCAAUGCAAGAACAAGAGCUACUGCAGCUAGUCGUGUUCGAAGUAGAGGCAAAGCCACUUAAUAGAACCAGGGUUUGUGUCUAAAUCCUUUUUAUCCUCUUCCUGUUUUCUCAUGUAUUGGUUCUAAGACCAAAAGCUACGUAGGGCAAAUGCAUCUUCUUACGAGCAUGAAGAAGAAGAUACUUUGUUUAUGCAGAGUUGCUCUGUUCCUGCAUCUUUUUCUCCAUUGGAUCUUAUGCUUAUAAUAUAUGUUUGUUUGUGUAUCA